AUGUUUAUUCUUAACUUCAACAAGUGGCUCUUAGUUACCAUCUUUCCCGACUUCUCCAAUAGUGCAGUACAAUCUCGUGUUAACGAGGCUGUCCUCAAAUUCCCAUGGAUCCAACGCUUCGCCUCAGUAGGCGACUCCUACUCCGCCGGUCUCGGGUCAGGAGACCGUCUCGAUUGGCUAUGCUCGCGAUACGCACAAUCAUAUCCAAACAUCCUUCAAACCUCUCUCCUCGGUGAUAACCCUAACCGAACACACCAGUUCCUCGCUUGCUCUGGCGCUACAAGCACCGAGAUCCUCGAAAAGCAGAUUCCUGCUUUGCAGGAUAACCUAGACUUGCUCACUAUGUCCGCCGGCGGAAACGAUAUCGGGCUAACACCUUUACUGAGUAACUGCGUAUACCAGUUCUACAUGUCAGCCGAAGACUCGUGCCGACAAGCCAUUGACGAAGCGCGCACGAAGAUCGCGAAUGAAACGGAACUCUAUCACAACGUGACACUGCUCAUUGAAGCUGCGAAGCCGAAGAUGAAUCUAGAACAUGGCAUUAUCUAUUACACAGGCUACGCAGGCUUUUUCGGAACUGACGACGAAACAUGCGACAACGUAACCUGGGCCGUCUGGAAAGACGUGGAAUGGACGAAACAAUAUCUCAAGCGCGAAUUGAGACUGGAACUGAACGAUAUGGUCCACAACGUCAAUACCAUACUAUCCAAAGCCGUAAGAGAUGCUGGCACAAAUGUCCGUUUCAUCGACUAUAACGCGCACAUCUCUGCAGCACGCGGUCGGUACUGCGAAAAAGACGUCCUAGAACCUGACCCCAAUCGCCUCGGUUUGGCAUUCUACGAGUGGAACACCGUCGAUACAGGCGAGAAUAAGACUGCACUACAGAACCGCACUGGCGACGAUGUACCUAAACACUCAUUCCAGGGUGGUAUCGCGAGGGAUAUCAAUAAGACGCUCGAGCAGCAUCCUGACUGGACAUUUGAUCCUGACAAGGGAUUUGUGAACAAGACGAAAGGAGGAAAAGACGGAGGAAUAGAAGGAGAAGGAUGGUUGGGCGAUUCGAUCCAUUGGUUGUUGCCAGAUAGUUACAAGAGAGUUUUCCAUCUGAGACCAAAGGGACAUGCUAUAGUGGCGAGGUUGGUGGUUGAGGAUUUGGAGAGGCAUGGGCCGCGGCCUCACGAGGAAGAGGUGGAGGAACUCUAA